UGACGGACAUCAUCUUUUAUCUAGUGUAUUCUUAAAGUAGACACCCGUGUCAGAUAAUUCUAUCCCCCAACAUGUCCUCCUUGACAGUAAGCUCGGAUCUGGCCCGGGAGAGGGCUGGGGCCACAUUUGACUGUGAGCAGGUGACCAACCUCUUAUACCAUGGACCUGAAAAUGUACGCAAACGUCGUUAUUUACACAAUGCUGCCAUUCAAGACCCAGUGCUCAGUCGAGCCAAACCCUGGGCUUUCCAAGACAGGAAUGAACAGUACGAGACAGCUUUGUGGAAACAUAUCUACAUAAUGAAAAAGUUAGAAGAAAUGGGUAUCACGGAUCCCGCAGAGAAAUUUUACUUCACAGAGGCUGGAGCUCCUCAGGAGUAUAGUCCCCUUUCACUACAUACGGGCAUGUUUAUACCAUCCAUUGAGAAACAAGGGACAAAAGAACAAAUGGAGAAAUGGCUCCCUCUUGCCAAACGUCUUCAACUAAUAGGAACCUAUGCUCAAACAGAGAUGGGUCAUGGUACCUUUAUCAGAGGACUUGAAACAACAGCAACAUAUGAUCCUUCCAGACAGGAGUUUGUGUUGAAUUCUCCGACCGUGACCUCGAUGAAGUACUGGCCGGGUGGACUGGGUAAAACAUCCAAUUGCUGCCUGGUAAUGGCCCAGCUGAUUACCAAUGGGAAAAGGGAAGGCAUCCAUUUAUUUUUGGUGCAGCUUAGAGAUAUGAAAACACAUCAACUUCUACCAGGGGUAGAAUCGGGAGACAUCGGAACAAAGUUUGGAUUUGGAACAAAUGAUAAUGGGUACUUGAAGCUGACUAAUGUCAGAAUUCCCAGAAAUAAUAUGCUGAUGCGUUAUGCUAAGGUUCUUGAGGAUGGAACGUUCAAACAACCAGCCAAUCAGAGAAUAGGAUACGGAACCAUGGUUUUUGUCCGAGCCCGGAUUGUUACCAAUAGUGCGAGAGGGCUAGCUCAGGCGUGUGUGAUUGCUAUUCGUUAUAGCGCCGUGCGUCGCCAAACGGAAGUGUCUCCGGGAGGAAUUGAGGCACAGAUUAUCGAUUACCAAACUCAGCAGUACAAAUUGUUUCCCCUUCUCGCUACUGCCUAUGCUAUGUAUUUAACUGGAAAGUACGCAGAAAAUUACUAUGAAGAAAUUUCAUCAGAAAUAGAAGCUGGAAACCUAGACUCCUUAAAUCAGCUACAUGCUGUGUGUGCGGGCUUGAAGGCGUUCAGCACGUGGAACUGCACAGCGGGGAUAGAAACGUGUCGUUUGUGUUGCGGGGGACAUGGGUACUCUCAUGCCAGCGGUCUGCCAAAGCUGUACGUGUUUUAUACUCCAGGUUGUACAUACGAAGGAGAGAACAAUGUAAUGAUGCUUCAAGUUGCAAGAUUCUUGAUGAAAAUCUAUCCUGAUAUAAAGAAAAGGGCACCGGUUCACAAGUUUGUGGAGUACUUGGGAGAGGAUCUUAGUCGGAAAUCUUGUAUGACGGAAGAGGUGGCUGUCGACUGUCUCGUGAAAGCUUACGAACAUCGGGCAGCCAGAUUGGUCUCAGAGGCUGCUACUCACAUUGCCAAGCUUGAAAGAUCUGGAAAAUCUCGCCAGGAAGCGUGGAAUGCAUCCACUGUUGUUCUCACAUGGGCUGCAAAGGCUUACUGUCAUACUUUUGUCGUUAGAACGUUUUCUCACAUUGUAAGUACUGCUAAUGUAGACAAGGCGACAAAAGAUGUCCUGAUGGCUCUUUGUAGACUUUAUGCGGUUCACGGAAUCGUCGAGAAUCUUGGAGAAUUCAUUCAGGAUGGAUAUUUUAGUCCUCAACAAGUCUCCAUUCUUCAAAACAAACUUGCAGACCUUUUGGCUGAGAUCAGACCCAAUGCUGUAGCCCUAGUGGACGCAUUUGAUUAUCCGGACAAAAUUCUGGAUAGCUGUUUAGGCCGUUACGAUGGCCAGGUGUACCAGGCUUUGUACGAGUACGCCAAAAAUUCCCCUCUUAAUAACAAAGAGGUUUUGGAUUCUUAUCAUAAUUACAUCAAACCUGCUCAAACUGGACGAAGUGAACAGCAUCCAAUGGCUCGAUUGUGAAUUCAGGCACUGAUCUGUUAUUCAAAUGAUAUAUCUCAUUAAGGAAUUAUCAAAAGGCACAGAUGUUUCAGACUUAAAUUAUUCUUAAUGUGACAGGUUACUCAGAUAAAUAUAAAUAAAUACAUGUACUAAAGAAAGGAAUUGUUACUGUUACAAUAAAUGUUGUAUUUAAUGUU